AUGGAUAAAAAAUGUGAUCUCAGUGACUUUGACCAUGGCAUGAUUGUUGAUGCCCGACAGGCUGGUUUAGCACCGUUUUCCCCAUCCCUUCCUAUUAUUCUUAUUCUUUUGAGUAUUCUUCAUUGUCAAGCCGCCAAAGUGGAGAGUGUGAUUGCAGAAGGGGGUGCUUCUCGUUUCAGUGCUUCUUCGGGGGGAGGAGGUGGUAGGGGUGCACCUCAGCACUAUCCCAAGACUGUCGGCAACAGCGAGUUCCUGGGGAAAACCCCAGGGCAAAGCGUUCAGAGAUGGGUUCCUUCACGAAGCACUAGACGAGAUGUCAACUCCAGCAACGAAAAAGAGCGACAUGAUGCAAUCUUCAGGAAAGUGAGGGGCAUACUCAACAAACUCACGCCUGAGAAGUUUGACAAGCUAUGCCUUGAGCUCCUGAACGUGGGCGUAGAUUCAAAACUCGUCCUUAAAGGAAUCAUCUUGCUGAUUGUAGACAAAGCCCUAGAAGAGCCGAAGUAUAGCUCGCUCUAUGCUCAGCUAUGUCUGCGCUUGGCAGAGGACGCACCAAACUUUGAUGGCCCUUCAUCUGAGAUCCAAACAUCCCAAAAGCAGAGCACAACCUUCAGAAGACUGCUGAUUUCCAAGCUUCAAGAUGAAUUUGAAAACCGCACCAGAAAUGUUGAAAUCUAUGACAAACAUGACAACCCUCUUACUUCUGAAGAGGAGGAGCAGCGUGCCAUUGCCAAGAUCAAGAUGCUUGGCAACAUUAAAUUCAUCGGGGAACUUGGCAAACUCGACCUCAUCCACGAAUCUAUCCUUCAUAAGUGCAUCAAAACACUUCUGGAAAAGAAGAAGAGAGUCCAGCUCAAGGAUAUGGGGGAGGAUCUGGAGUGCCUCUGUCAGAUAAUGAGAACAGUGGGGCCGAGACUCGACCAUGAGAAAGCAAAGUCUUUAAUGGAUCAGUACUUUGGCCGUAUGCGAUCCUUAAUGAACAACAAGGAGUUGCCCGCUAGGAUCCGCUUCCUGCUGCAAGAUACAGUGGAACUGCGAGAAAACAACUGGGUCCCCCGCAAGGCUUUCAUUGACAACGGACCAAAGACGAUUAACCAGAUCCGUCAGGAUGCAGUGAAAGAUUUGGGUGUUUUCAUCCCAGCACCCAUGUCUCAGGGGAUGAGGAUGGACUUCUUCCUGGAAAGCCCCUUCAUGCCCAACAGAAUGAAACUGGACAGGGAGACUCUUGGGGGAUUGGCCGACAUGUUUGGACAGAUGCCAGGCAGUGGGAUUGGAACUGGCCCGGGGGUUAUUCAGGAUAGGUACUCGCCCACUAUGGGACGCCAUCGAACCAACCCACUCUUCAACGGCCACAGUGGCCACAUCGCCCCUCCACCACAGUCACAGUUCGACAUGGGGCCCAAGUCCUUUGUUAAGUCCAACCAGGUUCAGAACCAGCAUUUCCUCAACCAGAACCAGAACCACAUGGCCCAGCAGCAGGUCCAGUCAAAGGACAUGCCUCCACGAUUCAGCAAGAAAGGACAGCUCAAUGCUGAUGAGAUCAGCCUCAGGCCUGCUCAGUCAUUCCUCCUCAACAAGAACCAGGUACCCAAGCUCCAGCCUCAGAUCCCCACCAUGAUGCCUCCCAGCGCUCAGCCCCCACGCACUCAAACCCCCCCUCUGGGACAGCCUCCACAGCUUGGCCUGAAGACCAACCCUCCACCCAUCCAAGAGAAACCUCAGAAGACGAACAAGAAACCGCCUCCUGCCAAGGAAGAACUGCUUAAGAUGACGGAGGCGAUCAUGACGGAGUACUUGAACAGUAAGAACCUAACUGAAGCUGUGUGCGGCGUGCGAGAGAUGAAGGCCCCAAAGCAUUUCCUGCCAGAGAUGCUCAGCAAGAUCAUCGUGUGCUCCCUGGACCGUCCCGAUGAGGACAAGGAGCACGCCAGCACUCUGAUCCACACACUUCGCACCGAGGGCCUCAUCACUGGAGAGAACUUCAUGCAGGCUUUCCUCAACGUCCUCGACCAGUGCCCUAAGAUCGAGGUGGACGUGCCCCUGGUGAAGUCUUACCUGGCCCAGUUUGCGGCCCGGGGCAUCAUCGCAGAGUUGGUGAGCGUGGCGGAGCUGGCUCACCCCCUGGAGAACGGCACCCACUUCCCCCUCUUCCUGCUCUGCCUGCAACAGACGGCCAAGCUGAAGGACCGGGAGUGGCUGACCGACCUCUUCCAGCAGAGCAAGGUCAACAUGCAGAAGAUGCUCCCAGAAAUCGAUCAGAACAAGGACCGCAUGCUGGAGAUCCUGGAGGGGAAGGGCCUGAGCUUCCUGUUCCCGCUGCUGAAGCUGGAGAAGGAGCUGCUGAAGCAGAUAAAGGCAGACCCCUCUCCACAGUCCAUCUACAAGUGGAUUAAAGACAACAUCUCUCCCAAGCUUCACACUGAUAAAGGCUUUGUCAACAUCCUCAUGACCAGUUUCCUCCAGUACAUCUCCCAGGAGCUGUGCGUGGUGGAGGGCGACGAGCAGGCGGCUCCCUCCAAAGAGCAGCUGGAGCAGGAGAAACAGCUGCUGCUGGCCUUCAAGCCCGUCAUGCAGAAGUUCCUGCACGACCAUACCGAGCUGCAGGUCAGCGCCUUGUACGCCCUGCAGGUGCACUGCAACGCCAGCGGCUUCCCUAAAGGCAUGCUGCUGCGUUACUUUGUCAACUUCUACGACAUGGAGAUCAUUGAAGAAGAAGCCUUCCUUGCAUGGAAAGAAGACAUUACCCAAGAAUUCCCUGGAAAAGGAAAAGCUUUAUUCCAGGUAAACCAGUGGCUCACCUGGCUGGAGACGGCGGAAGAGGAGGAGUCCGAGGACGAAGCGGAUUGAGAAAACCAAGUCGAAGCAUUAUGGUGUAGAAGAUCGACCUUAUCUUUAUUAUUACACUCGCCUUUCCUUUAUUAAACUCCAUGCUUAAUUUAACCACUACCACGUGGCACUCAGCUGCUUCUGUCUCGCAAAUAUAAACCGAAAAGCUUGUACCUGUAGGGCCUCAUGUGUUACCACCCACACCAUGAUGAUGGGCUGAGCAGCAUCAUUUGAUCUGUUGCCUAAUGGAUGUUUGAUUAUGGAUCUGUGUCCUGAUCAGCUACAUGAAGUCUGGAGUGGCUCAACCAUGUGUAUUUUUUUUCUUUUUUUGUUUUUGCUCUGACUGUUUAGAGUUGUAUCUGUUUUUUUUUUGGGGGGGGGGGGUGUUUUGUUUUUAUUGCAUGUUUUUCAUUUCCACUCAAUUUUUCCAAUUCUGAUCCCCCCCCCCCCCGAUAGGAAACUGGUUUAUUUAAGAAUGUUUAGGAUUCUCCCCUGAAUAAGUGAAAUUAGUGGUGAGCUUCACUAAUUGCUAGUUACAAGUAUAAGACAAGUGAGGUCUCGUCAGUGAUCUGCUUUGUGUUCUUCUGUCAGGGCCCAGCCUGGAUUCCCUGUCAGCACACACACACACACACACACACACACACACACACACACACACACACACACACACGAUGAGGGGAUUUAAAAUGAGCAGACAGGCUGCAGAGUGAUCCACAGUGAAAAUCCUCACCAAGUAUAAUUAAUGUCAAGGGGCCCUGCUGAAGUGAGAGUGAAGCAUAAGCUGGCAAAGCAUUUCAUAAUGAAUUAAGGUGCAGGUUUAGUCAACCUAUGCUUACUAAAAAAAAAAAAAUGUUUUCGGCUUCUUUUUUUUUUUUUUUUUUAAAUAAAAGUGCUCUUCAUAGUCACUGAUGAGCAUCUUCCUUUUUUGUGAUUGCCCCCCCCUCCUCCUUUAUCUGUCCCUAUUUGUUGUCUUUUAUUACUUGAGUGGUUGCAAUACUUAUCCUCCAAAUGUUACGAUAUUUUAAAAAACUGUAAUCAUUGGUGUGCCGCCGUAACGUUUCAAAGUUGCCUGUGUUUCUACCUCUUAGUUAGAUGGGCUUUUGUUUUUGUUUUGUUUUUUUUGUGCUGGGAUAAUGAAAUCUAAGAAGAACCUAGAGUCCAAGCAAAUGCUGAAGUAUUUGAUUUAGUCCUGGCCUAAUUGCACAAUAAAUUUAUUGAAGCAGACUUUCCUAUGACGCUUCACAUGGUUUACAAGUAUUAAUAUUUAAGAACGCAAAGGAAAAAAAAGCUUGUUUUUAUGAAUUUGAUGUUCCUGUUAAAAGGCUUUCAGUCGUUCACCUCCCCCCCUGCAAUUUGGAGUGACUGUUUUUAUUUGAAAUGCUCGAUAUGGAAAAUGAAACAAGUGCAUUUUUUUUUUAAAUGUUUUUCUUAAAUUGGCAAAAUAGAAGCAAACCUUUUUUAGACAAGUUUAGUUGAGCCCCUUCUCCCUCCCUCCUCUCUCAUUACAUUAAGUCUAACAGCUAAAAAUGAUCAAGUUUUACCCAAGAAUCGUGCUCACAAGCCAUGUUUAUGUAUAAGGCAAUGGAUUUGGAUCAUAUUGUAAGGUAUUCAUAAUUAUUGUGCACCUCCUAUUGCUUUAAUGUCAAUAAAGUCCAGUACAUGAGCACCAA